CAGAGGAACAACCACGAAAGAGUGACGACACACUUACAAAGAAAACGAUUGAAAAACUCACCACGACUUACGCAUCACAACAACAGCAGCUGCAACAACAAAAGCAGGAAAACCCAUCACUAUUUCGACGACAAACAGCCGUCGCCGAAGACAUCACCAGCUGCUACGCCAUUCACUUUUUUUUCAUUGUCAUUAGCGUAAGGAACAACAAAAUUGGUAUAGACGUAUUGCUGUUGGUGCAACAUAGCAUAAGCAACACUUCGGAAAUGGUGGUCACGUGGCCGCAAGUGCAUACGGCUACCAGAGGUGGUGCCCGUCAUUGUAGGAGCCAUAACAGCAGCAAGCGUGCUAAUCGUAGCAGCUUAAGCAGCAGCAAUAACAACAACACCUUGAAAAUGUUCAACAUACCGGCAAUUAAUGGUAGUACGGCAAGCAACAACACCAAUAACUUUGGCAGUCAAACUGGUCGAGCCAUUAUAUCCGUUGCAACGACACUCGCCUCCACGUCGGCAACAAUGGCAAUGGCCAAUAUACCCACCACCAAUUUAGUACCACCGCCCACCAGCACGACAGAGAGCAUCUGGACUGCCAGCUUCGACGAAAACAACUGGACACUUGACGGCGUUAGCUGGCCAACAAUGAAUCAAUCAUCGACGGACAAAGUCGAUCUAAUUGAAAUGGAUUUAGCAAAUGAAACGUUAAGUAGCACAUAUCCAGCACUGAGGCGUUACCAUGGCGACUAUGACGUUUCAUAUAUAGCAAGAAUAAAUCCAUUUUGGUUGCAAUUCGAACCGCCAAGUACGCGCACUUACUACAUUAUGGCCAUAAUCUAUAUCAUCAUAUCGAGCGUCGGCUGUCUUGGCAAUUCGCUUGUCAUAUUUAUGUUUUUACGCUGUAAGUCAUUACGCACACCGGCAAAUACAUUGGUUAUCAAUUUGGCUGUGAGCGAUCUGCUCAUGUUGAUGAAAUGUCCCAUUGCCAUUUACAAUAACUUCAAACAGGGCCCGGCGCUGGGUGAUGCUGGUUGCCGCAUUUACGGCUUUGUCGGCGGCCUUAGUGGCACCGCAUCGAUAGGAACCCUAACUGCCAUAGCACUCGAUCGCUACAAUGUGGUCGUACAUCCGCUCGAUCCGCUACGCAAGACAGCCAAAGUGCGAUCCGCGUACCUGAUCACAAUGAUUUGGAUCUACAGUUUUGCCUUCUCCAUUGUGCCGGCGCUGGAUAUUGGCCUCUCCGUUUAUGUACCCGAAGGUUUUCUAACCACCUGCAGUUUCGAUUACCUGGACAAGGGAUUGGGGCCACGGAUUUUCAUGUUUGCAUUCUUCGUUGCCGCCUGGUGUGUCCCCUUUAGCAUUAUCUGCUUCUC